AAAGAAGAACUUAAAGAAAAUAGAACAUAUAUAACAAAAGAGAAAAUCUUAUCAGUAGAAAGAAAUAACAACACAGAAACACUUUCAGAACAAAACAACAAUACUUCUACACAUAAUGAAGAGGUUAUUGAAGUCAAUAUACGUAAUGAAGAGGUCUUUGAAACUAGUACAUAUAAUGAAGAUAACAUCCAAACAACAACAUGUGACAAAGAGGUCUCUGAGACUAGUACAGAAGGCACAGCUUGCUGGGCCAGCCAAGUAGAAGAAAAUGAGUUUCUUGAAACAAAUAAAAAAAACAUCAGCUUUCUAAACCAAAACGAAGCACGUAAUAGUGCCAAAAAGUCAACAAAUCUACUUCAAGUAAACAACAAACAACAAUGGAGUUACAUGCCUUCUGACGAUAAUCUAAGACACAUGUCUGGUAGCAACACAUCAGAACACACACAAGUUGAUGAAAACACUGUCCAACCUCAGCAAAGUGUCACAAACAAUGUGGCAACAACCUAUAAUAAGAAA